AUGGGGUCUAUCACAGUGGAAACCCUGCCGUUACCGGAAUUCCUGGAGCACAAAUAUGCAGCGGAACGGGACAAGCGACUCCGCAGCGACGGAAACGCGCAGUAUCUGAACCUCAUUGAAUCGGAUCGCUUCAAGCACCUCGAGCAGGAUCCCUGGGUGGAUCAUGCGGCCCUCAAUGCCCAGGAGCCCGCGAUGAGGGAUGGAUCUUCAUGCAAGGUCUUUAUUCUCGGGGCCGGUUACAGUGGGCUAGUCUACGCCGCCCGACUUAUCGAAGCAGGCUUCGCCGCGGAGGAUAUUCGACUGGCGGACCGUGCCGGCGGUUUCGGGGGUACCUGGUACUGGAAUCGAUAUCCCGGACUGAUGUGUGACAUUGAAAGCUACAUAUACUUGCCUCUCCUGGAGGAGACGGGCUACAUGCCCAAGCACAAGUAUUCCUAUGGUCCGGAACUGCUUGAGCACGCCGAACGGGUCGCUGCACAGUACAACCUCACGGACAAAGCGCUCUUCCGAACCACUGUUCAUGCUAUGAGAUGGGAUGCUGUGCAGAAACGGUGGCUCGUCAAAAUGACUCAGGAUCGCGGGCCAGGUCAAGAGCCUGUGAAGCUGACAAUCCAGGCGCAGUUUGUGAUCACCGCUCCGGGCAUCUUGAACCAUCCCAAAGUUCCCAAGAUUCCAGGCCUUGAUGACUUCCAGGGACAUACGUUCCACACGGCGCGCUGGGAUUACAGCUACACCGGCGGCUCCCCCACUGACCCGGCAUUGACCGGCUUGAAAGACAAGAGGGUGGGAAUCAUUGGCACUGGAGCAACCGCGAUUCAAGCGGUCCCGCACAUUGCCAAGUGGGCAAAAGAGCUCUACAUCUUCCAGAGGACGCCGGCUAGAGUAGACGUCCGUGGCCAAGUCGCGACAGAUCAGGCAUUGUGGACCAGCAAGAUCGCUGCCAAGGUCGGGUGGCAGCUCGAACGACGCCGAAACUUCAAUGCCGCACUUGCACGGGUCUUGGUUGGGGAGGACCUCGUCGCUGACGGGUGGUGUGCGACACCUACGGCGGCCUCCAGCCUGGGUAGUCCGCUGAAAGGCAUCAUCCCACCAGACAAGGUACAAGAACACGUCGCGGAGGUCCUUGCCGCGGAUCAUGAAAGGACGGAAAAGGUUCGGGCGCGCGUGGCGUCGAUCGUCCAGGACCCCCACACCGCAGAGAAGCUGAAGCCGUGGUAUCCGGCCUGGUGUAAGAGGCCAGGAUUCCAUGACGAGUACCUCGCGACAUUCAACCGGCCGAAUGUCCACCUCGUCGACACCGACGGCAGGGGUAUCGAGCGAAUCAACCGUAGCGGUCUUGUUGCGGCCGGCGGCAAGCAGUACGACGUUGACCUGCUACUUCUUAGCACGGGAUAUCGCUCUCCGGGAGCACAUAACGGCAGCCCUGCCGCAGCCGCAAAAACGACCAUCAUCGGGCGGGACGGCCGGUCCAUCGAGGAGAAGUACCUCGCUCGCGGCGUGUCGACGCUGCACGGGAUCAGCUCGCACGGGUUCCCGAACCUGUUCUUCUUCGGCGCCUCACAGGCCGCUUCGGCCUUCAACCUCGUCUUCAUGACGGACGUGCAGGCGCAGCACGUGGCGUACAUCCUGACAGAGGCGAAGCGACGGCACGAUGAUGCCGACGGCGUCGUCGUCGAAGUCACCGAGGAGGCGGAAGAGGAGUGGGCCAACGAGGUCGUCAAGCGAGCCGCUUGGUUUGCGGUCAUGGUCGGCUGCACGCCCAGCUGGCUGAAUGCAGAGGGCGCGGCCUCGGUCAAGGCCGACAUUGAUGUGCGUGAGCAGGUCAAGAAGGCCCGCGCAGCACCGUGGGGCGAGGGGAUUCGCAGCUACGAAGACGUGCUCCAGCGGUGGCGUGCUGACGGUGAUUUGAAGGGCAUCACUAUCACGGCUUGA